GCUCUCCAACUUCAACCAGCCGUCUCUCAGAAUGAACACCGAGCCUGUUGUCAUCGUCUCUGCUGCGCGGACACCUAUAGGGUCCUUGAACGGGGCUCUGUCCACGGUGCCGCUGCCUGACCUGUGCUCGGUGGUGAUCAAGGACGUUCUGAAGCGAGCUGCGGUGAAACCAGAAGAGGUCUCUGAGGUUAUCAUGGGACAUGUCCUAACAGCAGGUCAGGGGCAGAACCCGGCACGUCAGGCCAGUGUUGGGGCAGGUAUCCCGUACCCGGUCCCGGCCUGGAGUUGCCAGAUGGUGUGUGGCUCUGGGCUGAAGGCUGUGUGUUUGGGAGCUCAGUCCAUCCAGACCGGAGAGUCCGCUGUGGUGGUGGCAGGAGGCAUGGAGAGUAUGAGCAGGGUAGGUUAG